GGUGUGACUCCGGAUUGUUUUUGCGGUUGCACGUCUCGCGGCGCUUUCAUUCUAGUGCCUGUUAGCAGUUAGCUUGUCGGUAGCAUUGUGUGCGGCUCCUGGAAGGAGGAACCUGACUGAUUUGUGUGAUGGUUCGCUAAAAAAUUAACACUUUUUAAAGCAAACAUGGCGCUGUCGAUGGAGACGCAGCUCCAGAGCAUCUUUGAGGAUGUUGUGAAAACUGAGAUGAUCGAAGAGGCGUUUGCUGGGAUGUUUAUGGACACUCCAGAGGAUGAGAGGACUAAACUGAUCAGUUGUCUCGGAGCCUUCAGACAAUACUGGGGGACACUACCACAGGAGUCUCAUGAACAGUGUGUGCAGUGGAUAGUACGGUUCAUACACAGCCAGCACAGUCCCAAAAGGAUCUCCUUCCUCCACGACUGCCUAGCAAUGGCUGUGGAAACCAAUCUGUUACCACCCAGGAUGGUGUGUGUAGCUCUGAUAAGCUCGGACAGUUUGGAAUGGGAGAGGACUCAGUUGUGGGCGUUAACUUUCAAACUGAUUCGCAAGAUCAUUGGAGGGGUGGACUACAAGGGUGUUCGAGACUUGUUAAAAGCCGUGCUGGAUAAAAUUCAAACCAUUCCCACCACUGUCAGCUCAGCUAUCGUCCAACAGCUUCUGGCUGCCAGAGAGGUGGUAGAGUACAUCCUGGACAGAAAUGCCUGCCUCCUGCCAGCCUAUUUCGCCGUCACAGAAAUCAGAAAGCUGUAUCCAGAGGGACAGCUGUCACACUGGCUUCUUGGCAGUUUGAUAUCAGAUUUUGUGGACAGUUUUAGACCCACUGCCAGAAUCAACUCUAUCUGUGGUCGGUGCAGCUUGUUACCAGUAGUAAAUAACAGUGGGGCCAUCUGUAACUCCUGGAAAUUAGACCCCACCACUCUUCGCUUCCCUCUGAGAGGCAUGCUGCCGUUUGACAAGGACCUGUUCGAGCCACAGACGGGCCUGCUGCGCUAUGUGUUAGAGCAGCCAUACUCAAGAGAAAUGGUGUGCAACAUGUUAGGACUCAACAAGCAGACUCUGAACAUUGCCCAGCAUAAGCAGCGUUGCCCGGUGCUGGAGGAGCAGCUGGUGGACCUGGUGGUGUACGCCAUGGAGCGCUCCGAGACCGAGGAACACUUUGACGCCGACAUCGGAGGAACCAGCCAGCUGUUGUGGCAGCACCUCUCGUCACAGCUCAUCUUCUUUGUGUUGUUUCAGUUUGCAAGCUUCCCUCACAUGGUGCUGUCGUUACAUCAGAAGCUUGCAGGUCGAGGUCUCAUUAAAGGCAGAGACCACCUGAUGUGGGUUUUGCUGCAGUUCAUAUCAGGGAGCAUCCAGAAGAACGCUCUGGCCGACUUCCUGCCUGUAAUGAAGCUCUUUGACCUGCUUUACCCAGAAAAAGAGUGCAUCCCAGUUCCAGACAUUAACAAGCCCCAGUCGACUCAUUCUUUCGCCAUGACCUGCAUCUGGAUCCACCUGAACCGCAAAGCUCAGAACGACAACUCCAAACUACAGAUACCCAUACCACACUCUCUGAAACUACAUCAUGAGUUUCUCCAGCAGUCGCUGCGCAACAAGACUCUGGGCAUGUCCGACUACAAGAUCGCCCUGCUGUGUAACGCCUACAGCACCAACUCAGAGUGCUUCACUCUGCCGAUGGGCGUCCUGGUUGAAACGAUCUAUGGAAACGGAUCGAUGAGGAUAAACCUACCUGGCACCAACUGUAUGGCGUCAGGCUCUGUCACACCGCUGCCCAUGAACCUGCUGGAUUCACUCACAGUGCAUGCAAAGAUGAGUCUGAUCCACAGCAUUGCCACGCGGGUAAUAAAGCUGGCCCACGCCAAAUCCAGCAUCGCCUUGGCCCCUGCACUGGUAGAAACGUACAGCAGACUGCUGGUCUACAUGGAGAUCGAGUCGCUGGGCAUCAAAGGAUUCAUCAGCCAGUUGCUGCCGAACGUGUUCAAGUCUCACGCGUGGGGAAUCCUUCACACCUUGCUGGAGAUGUUCAGCUACAGGAUGCAUCACAUCCAGCCACACUACAGAGUCCAGCUCCUGAGUCAUCUGCACAGUCUGGCUGCUGUGCCGCAGACCAACCAGAACCAGCUGCAUCUCUGUGUUGAGAGCACGGCUCUGCGGUUGAUCACGGCCUUGGGGAGUUCAGAGGUGCAGCCUCAGUUCACUCGCUUCCUCAACGACCCAAAGACGGUUCUGUCAGCUGAGUCUGAAGAGCUGAACCGAGCCUUGAUCCUCACUCUGGCCAGAGCCACGCACGUCACAGAUUUUUUCACAGGGUCUGACUCCAUCCACGGGACAUGGUGUAAAGACAUCCUCCAGACCAUCAUGAACUUCACGCCUCAUAACUGGGCCUCACACACACUGUCCUGCUUCCCUGCUCCACUACAGGCAUUCUUCAAACAGAACAAUGUUCCUCAGGAGUCUCGAUUCAACCUGAAGAAGAACGUGGAAGAGGAGUACAGGAAGUGGAAGUCCAUGGCCAACGAGAAUGACAUCAUCACCCACUUCUCCAUGCAGGGCUCACCCCCGCUGUUCCUCUGUCUGCUGUGGAAGAUGCUGCUGGAGACGGACCACAUCAACCAGAUAGGCUUCAGGGUCCUGGAGCGUAUUGGUGCUCGUGCACUGGUGGCUCACGUGCGAACAUUCGCAGACUUCCUCGUCUACGAGUUCUCAACAUCAGCCGGCGGACAGCAGCUCAACAAAUGCAUUGAAAUACUGAACGACAUGGUGUGGAAGUACAACAUCGUCACCCUGGACAGACUCAUUCUGUGUCUGGCGAUGCGCAGCCACGAGGGCAAUGAGGCUCAGGUGUGUUACUUCAUCAUCCAGCUGCUGCUGCUGAAGCCCAACGACUUCAGGAACAGGGUCAAAGAUUUUGUCAAGGAGAACGCUCCGGAGCACUGGCUGCAGAGCGACUGGCACAACAAGCACAUGAGCUACCACAAGAAAUACCCAGAGAAGCUGUACUUUGAGGGACUCGCGGACCAAGUCAACCCUCCCAUGCAGCUCCAGCCUCAGUACCUGCCCAUCUACUUUGGCAAAGUUUGCCUGCGCUUCCUGCCCGUCUUUGACAUCGUCAUCCACCGCUUCCUGGAGCUACUUCCUGUCUCCAAGUCUCUGGAAACACUGCUGGACCAUCUGGGGGGGCUGUACAAGUUCCACGACCGCCCAGUCACCUACCUGUACAACACACUCCACUACUACGAGCGACACCUGAGAGACAGAACCAACCUGAAGAGAAAACUGGUGCACGCCAUCAUGUCUUCACUGAAGGACAAUCGCACCCCAGGUUGGUGCCUGAGUGAAACCUACCUGAAGUUCGGCAUGAACCCCCGAGAGGACAACCCGUGGAUCCCUGAUGACACCUACUACUGCAAGCUGAUUGGACGCCUGGUGGACACCAUGGCUGGAAAGUCACCUGGUCCCUUCCCCAACUGUGACUGGAGGUUCAAUGAGUUCCCCAACCCUGCGGCCCACGCCCUGCACGUCACCUGCGUGGAGCUGAUGGCUUUGGCCGUGCCAGGAAAAGAUGUCGGCAACGCUCUGCUCAACGUUGUGUUGAAAAGCCAACCUCUGGUUCCCAGAGAGAACAUCACAGCUUGGAUGAACGCCAUUGGACUUGUGAUAACCGCACUUCCUGAGCCCUACUGGAUCGUCCUCCACGACCGCAUUGUGUCUGUGAUCAGCUCACCAGCGCUGACGUCAGAGACAGAGUGGGCGGGGUAUCCCUUCGCCUUGCUGGACUUCACAGCCUGCCACCAGAGCUACAGCGAAAUGAACUGCAGUUACGUGCUGGCAUUAGCGCACGCUGUGUGGCAUCACUCAUCCAUUGGACAGCUGUCUCUGAUCCCUAAGUUCCUGUCAGAGACUCUGAAGCCUGUCGUCCAGACAGAGUUCCAGUUGCUGUACGUGUAUCAUCUGGUGGGGCCGUUCCUGCAGCGCUUCCAGCAAGAGAGGACACGAUGCAUGUUAGAGAUUGGUGUGGCCUUCUAUGAGAUGCUCCAGGCGGUGGACCAAAGCUGCCAACAUCUCAGCUACAUGGACCCCAUCUGUGACUUCCUCUAUCACAUCAAAUACAUGUACACAGGAGACAGCGUGAAGGAGCAGGUGGAGAAAAUCAUCAUGACUCUGCGUCCAGCCAUGAUGCUGAGACUGCGCUUCAUCACUCACAGCAGCAAGGUAGAGACUUCAUCAUCAGCUGCAGCAGCAGCCGCCGCCUCCACGUCCUCUGCCUCGUCCUCCUCCACUCCUCAGCCCCCUGCCUCCUCGCUGUCAUCGUCCUCCGCUGCUGCCUCCCCCUCCUCCUCCUCACAGCACGCACACACACCUAUGUAGGUGGCCUGGGUAAACAAAAACCCACAGUUACAAACAUGACAGUGGACUCUGGAACAUAAACACAUCAUAGAUGUUAAUAUUUUGCCUUUUGAGUUUUUUUUUUUUUUGUUCUCUUUGAGGUGGAUUUUGGUCGAAGUAAGGAUUAAAACAACACUUUUAUAAACCAGAGCUGUGGAAAUCUGAUUGUGUUUCUUGUGUGGGAAUCUUGUAAUCAAUUUCCAAAAUCUCACUGUGUCACAAAGAGGAAAAUCCUGGCUGUUGUCUCAGAAAUGCACAUAAUGAACACUGGCAGAAUUCAGAGGUACUGAUUUAUAUGGGCCCUGUCUACACACAUAGAUAUUUUCCUCUACAUCUUGUCCACAUGCAAACAGUUUUUAAGGUCACUAAAACUCUUUGUAUCCGUGUGGACUUGGAAAAUGAUGAUGUAAUGAGCAUGAGCUGAACACAACAGCGGACCAUCAGUUUGUUCACAUUUUGGUCGCACUGCUUGGUCUAAUCACUACUUGAUAUUUACACUUGGCGUUUUCACACCACUUCACAGACGAAUGGAGGAGUCUGCAACGCCCAGUUAAAUUGGUCCACCUCAGUAUCCGCGGUUUAAAGGCUGACAGAAAUGACAGUUUUGGAUCAGGGCUGGUCGAACUAGCAGAUGGUGGGACACUUGGAAGGAAAACUUUGGCAUGUACAGAGCAUCACUUGUAUCUUUGAUUGAACGGAAAUAAAAAGUGAUG